UUCUGCGCAUCGAACACUGAAGAAAACAUUAAAUAACAGUGGUUAUUCAGUGUUAUUAAACAUAUUAAGUUACUCACGAUUUCUUGUAACAGAUUAAGAGUUUAUUUAUUUCGAUCUAGCAGCAUUUUAAAACAACGGUAUGGGAAAGACAGCAGUGAGUGAAUAUAUGGACUAUUCCACCGUCCACGGCAUGGGGCGAUUGAAAAAUACACCGUUUAAGGUCCUGAAGCUUAUUUGGAUUCUUGCACUGGCAGGUUCAUUCGGAAUGAUCAUCUGGCAAGUAAUCGAACUGUACAUCAAGUUCAGGGCACACCCAGUAUCUACGUCCAUCGAAAUAAAGACACCAAAGAGAACAAAGUUCCCAUUUAUCACGAUAUGCAACACAAACUCCCUCCAGUAUUCCCGUUUUCCAUCCUCUAGUCCACUGGAAAGUGUCAUAACUGAAGCAAGCGAAAAGUAUAAAAUCGAUACUGCCAUAUUCAACGAAACACAGAAUUUAUAUGAUUACAAUUACACAGAGUUUGACAAAACUGACAUAAGCAGCUCAUUUGAUAAUGAUAUUUUAUUCGACUCCGCGGAGAUGUUCAAGACCAGAAUGGCUCUUCUUGACUAUGAAACGCUGUUCAAUUAUUCCCAACCAAUGAAAGAGUUUAUGUUGAUUUGCAACUUCGCCGGUUCCAAAUGUACUGAGUACUCCUUUCUUCAUGCCAUACGCUCGUACGAUUAUGGCAUUUGUUACGUGUUUGAUCCAAGUUACCAACUAUGCCAGGACCCCGAUAGCGAGUCAGGAUGCGGAUAUGUAGCAUCGGCAGGACAGCAGUACGGGCUUGAGCUUCUGCUUAACGUCGACCAAGCAGAAACCGUCCCGUUCGUGACUUCAUCAAGUGGCGUUUUAAUUAUUCCGUCCGACCGAUUCAAUGACUAUAUCGAUGUUAACAAAGGGGUAUUUGUGCCAACAGGAUUUGAAGCAAGUGUUGCAUUGAGAAAGAAAUCAACCCUUCGGGUUCCCGGAAUGGACGUUGACCGUAAGCGAUGCGACGAUACUGCAACCAUUUCAUACGAGGAAUGUAUACGAGAUUCUCAAGAGCAGCAUAUCCUAGAAACCUGUGGCUGUGUGCAACAUUUUUAUAAGUCUGGGUACCUGAAUGCUUCCCUCAGUCCUGAGAAUACGGUUGAUCCUGACACCGGGAACAUACCUUGCUACACAGAAGAACAUCAAAAGUGUGUUCGCCACACGCUUUCGCAAUUCAUUCUGAAAAAGCCAGAUGUUUUUGACGAUUGCCUGCCGAGCUGCGAGGAGCACUCUAUUGACAAGAAAUUAGCGUUGUUGAAAUGGCCGAAUGAACAUUUUACUCCUAUUCUUCGUCGAAUAAUGAAAUCCAAGUUACCAAAAUAUGAUUUGAAUUCAUUGAAUAGAAAUAAAAUAAGAGACAACUUGCUUCUGGUAAGAGUGUUUUUGGAAUCCCUCUCGUACGAAAACGUCAAGGAAGAGUACUCGUAUGGGAUAGUGAAUUUCGUCAGUGAUAUCGGAGGACAACUAGGACUUUGGGCUGGAUUUUCGGUUUUGUCUGUGCUGGAAGUGAUCGAACUCAUUCUGCUGUUGUUUGCAAUGAGGAAAAGGGAAGCUCAAACAGCGGCGCGGGAUGCAACUUCGAUGACUCAGGUCCAACCUGUAAAAGACACGGAUAUAUCACUUAGGGACAAAGUGUAGUUAAGUUGUGUAGUGCUAUACCGAAUUAAAUUCGGUAAAUACACAGACGCUGUUGCUUAACAUAGAGUUGUGAUGUGCACUGUGUUUUUGACAUAACAGAGGUGUACUUUUGUUGUGUAUUGAUGUUGUUGACAUUUUAAUAUCCAUAUCCUACUUAGAGGACAAAACUGGUGAUAAAUUACUAAUUUCGGUACGGUUUACUCUCUGGCUAAAGCAACUCAACAGGGUCGGUCACAUAAUGACAUUUUCAGUUCAUCUUAUAACAUUUCAUGUAGUGAAUCAAAUCUAAUAUAGUUUAGAGUUAAAGGCAUUGGAGAUGAUAUCAGCAUAUUCGUGAAACAUCUGGCCGAUAUAAGUCACCUCAACUGGGCCGACUGAGCCGAUUUCACCACCUUGCCCCGAGAUUUUAAGGCCGAUUAAAUUUUGGCCAAACGUUUGUUAGACGGUUGAGUGUAUAUUAAGAAUGCACGAAUGACAUUUGGCCAACGUUGGUCCCACCGUCGAGUAACCAAAUGUUUGGACACAUGCAACUAGUUGACCUUGCGAUGUUAAGACAAUAUUGGACCAACGUUUGGAAUAACACAAAACACUUAUUAACCUUGCAAUUGUAGAAUAACAUGGGGGCAAUUUUGGUCCACAGUGGCAAAACCGAACUCUUGGUCACAUGGAACUAAUUAACAUUGGGAUGUUAGUACAGCAUUGGGCCAAUGAUGACAAAGUUGUAAUGAACAGGUCAAUUGACAUUGAACAGGUCUGUGCAUUCAUAAUGGAUUUCAGUAUAGUUCAUUUUUGUGUUUUAGUGUAUCUAUUAACUAUGAAUGAAAUGUAAGCCUUAUACAAUCUCAAAAUCAAAUCAUCAAAUGUAAAUAUGUUUACAAUUACUUGAUAGUAUGUACCAUAUGUAAUGCUUAUAUCAUAGUAUGACAAUAAACACAUCGUAUUUUGUCAGUUUAACCCAAACAUUUGAAGUUUGAUAAAUAUCAUAUUUCUAACCAAACACAUACCAGCUUUAUAAUGUACAUUAACUCUGAGGUCAAAAUUCAAUCCACUUUUUACAAGAAUCGUUGAUGGAAUAUUCGUAUUAAAGGUACAACUUAUGCGGCGAUGAUUAAACAAAAAAGCUGUGUUAUCUAGGAGAGAGGAUAUUGGUUCAUUUAUAUCAUUGAUGACUAUAUCAUAAGUGUAAGGUUUAAAUACUUCAUUUUGAAAUUACAGAUAUAGACUUAAGGUUAUAGUUACACGUGGGACCAAUGCUCUUGGUCUUAAAUGUUUAUAUUGUUGAUUAGAUGUUUAUAAAAGAGAAACCACAUGUAAAAAUCUUAAAAUGUUCUUAAACUACAACUUUGGUCAAUUUAUUCUG